CCGAUUGGCUGAGGCGUCGCUAGAGGGCCAGGCCUUGGCAGUCGCUGCCCGAGAACCGGCGUUCCCAGGACCUGGGCGGGACAGAGCCAGUGGUGACCCACGGCAAAGAGGAGCGACGAGAUGAUCCGUCAGAAGUCCAGCCAAUUCCUAGGACUGAAGAUGCAGUCGGAGCUUGAACAGCCCUCCGAACUGCAGCGGGAACCCGAGAGGGAACUCACUUCAUUGGAUGAGUCCGUCAUGAGGAUACCAACAGGUGUGCGGCCUGAGUCCGGCACCGCGGCCUCGGUAGAAGCGGCUGAAGAUCCUGCAGCCAACUUGUUCCCGCUGCCGCUGCCCCGGCCCCGGAUCUGCAUGUGGAAGUACCUGGACAUCCAUUCCAUGCACAGGCUGGAGAAGACCACCAACACUGAGGAGAUGAGGGAGGUGCUAGCUGAGCUUUUGGGGCUAGGCUCUCCUGAGCAGAACCUGCGGGAUGCCAUCAUCCUGGACCUUUUCUCCCAUGCACUCAUCUUCUGCCGCCAGCAGGGCUUCUCACUGGAACAGACAUCAACAGCUUGUGCUCUGCUCCAAGAUCUUCACAAGGCCUGUGUGGCAACCCCCUUGGGCAACGUGGAGGAAUGUUACCGCUACUUCACCAGUGUUCUUUUUUGCCAUGGAGUCAGGGUCAGUUCCUCUGGAAUGGAAUCUUCAGUCUCCCCCCAGAUAAAGUCUAGCCCAGUCUCCUGCCCUCUCUCACACUCAUCACCCUCAUCUUUCUCUGAAGGCUGCAAGGGGCUCUCCCUGCUCCUGGACUGCCAGGCACUUGGAGAAAAGGUCAGGGUUCCUGGGGGUGGUCAGUCCCCUAACUCCCAAUCAUCCCCACAGCGGCCUCCCUUCAGUAUCAACCUCUUUAGGGAGGAACAGCUGCUUGCCCUGGCAGAUUAUGUGGUCAACACCUACUUCCGCCACUUCAAGCUCUACAAAUAUGUCUUCACACCCCAGGUGAAGCUGGACCUAUCUUUGACUUACAUAGGGCUACAGCCGCCUGAGCUCUGGCCAGAGGAUGAGACAGAGAAAGAAGGCGAGGAGGUGGGAGAGCAGGCAGUCACCCCACAGGAGGAGGAGCUGGAAACAGUGGUCCAGCCAGAGCAAGAGCCAAGCCAGGUCUCCAUCCUGCGAGCCUACAUCAAGACCCAGAUGAGCAAGGAGCUGGGGCAGCUCCAACAGCUGAUAGAGGAGCGGCUCAAAGCCAGCGAGGAAAGGCUCAACAGCAAGUUGACCAUCCUAGAGCAGCCCUUCCAGCUACCUCCUGGCAAAGGCAAGAACAAGACCAAGUGACCCCCAGCAUUUUCCCCAAUAAAGGCCUGGGGCAGAGCAGCCUCAUCCCCGCCCCCCCACCCCUCCUGAGCACCUUCUGG